AUGACACAAACUAUUGGAUUCAUAGGUUCAGGUCAAAUGGGUGGUGGUAUAGCCAAAUUAGCAGUUAGAGCAGGUUAUAAAGUUAUAUUGAGUAAUUCAAGAGAACCAGAAACAUUAGAACCAGUUAUCAAUGCUCUUGGUCCAUUAUCAUCAGCUUCUACACCAAAGAAAAUAGCUACAGACCCUGAAAUUGAAGUUAUUGUACUGUCAGUUCCAUUAAAAUGUGUCAGUGGUUUAUUACCACAAUUAGGUUUGAAUAAUAAAAUUAUUAUUGAUACAUCAAAUUAUUUCCCUAAAAGUGAUACAUAUAUAACUGAAUUAGAAACUGGUGAAUUAACAACAAGUGAAUAUGUUGCAAGUUUCUUAGAUAAUAAACAUUCAACGAGAUUAGUUAAAGCUUUUAAUAAUAUAACUGCAGUUCAUUUGAAAAUAGCUUCAGAGAUUAAUGAUUUACCAAAUCAAACAAUUUUACCAAUUGCAGGUGAUGAUUCAAAAGCUAAAGAACAAAUUUCAAAAUUUAUAAAUGAUGUUGGCUUUAAAACUAUUGAUAUUGGUGAAUUAAAACAAGGUUGGAAAACUGAACCAAAUACACCAAUUCAUUCAUUACCUUAUUUCCCAGAAAUUCCAGAUAAUUUAUCAAAUGAAGAAACCAUUGAAUUUUUGAAAAAAACUGCAGGUGAUCCAUUAUCUUAUGAUGAAGUUAAUUCACUUUUAAAAAAUGCAGAAAAUGAUCAAUAUAUUGGAGGUAGAGUUAAAGAUUUUCCUAAACCUUGGGCUGAAGUAUUUGUGGAAAUGAAGACUAAAAUGUUGGAAGCAAAGAGUAAUAAUACAACAAUUUUAUUAUAA